AUGCCCGCCGCCGUCGAAUCUCCCGCCUCUGCCAUUCUCAACCACUCUGCGACGCCCUACAGCUUCCGCUUCUCGCCCUUCCUUCGACAAACAUACCAAGUAGGCCUGUCUCCCGAUCGACCAGUAUGCAAAGCCUUCCAGUCUGGGCACUGUCCCAACGGUACGCGAUGUCCUGAACGUCACGUCUCCGAUUCCAAAACGUCGCAGCCCACCGGCGGUCUUAACUCGCUUGUCUGCAAGCAUUGGUUGCGCGGACUGUGCAAAAAGGGCGAGCACUGCGAGUUUCUUCACGAGUACAACCUACGAAAAAUGCCCGAGUGUAACUUUUUUAUGAGAAACGGGUAUUGCUCAAAUGGCGACGAGUGUCUAUACCUUCACAUCGAUCCUCAAAGUCGACUACCGCCCUGUCCUCAUUACGACAUGGGUUUCUGUCCUCUCGGCCCCAACUGUUCGAAGAAGCACGUGCGUAGAAAGCUUUGUGUCUUCUAUCUAGCUGGUUUCUGUCCUGAUGGACCCGAGUGCAAGGAGGGCGCUCACCCCAAAUGGUCAAAGGACCUAGAGAAGCCGACUCUCAAAUCAGAGGAAAAGAAGGAAGACGAUAUGCGGAUGGAGUUUGUUCAAGAUGAUAUGGACAGACAGCGCGAUCAACCGAGAGACAGGGAUCGCGACGACGGAAGACAUCAAAGAGGGGGCCACGGUGGACAUGGAGGUAGAGGAAAGUGGCGAGGACGAGGAGGUCGUUACCGCGGAAGAGGCCAUUAA